AUAUAUAUUAGGUACCCGAUUGGAAAACAUACUUGCCAGAAUUGUCUUCCUGGAUUAAUUUGCUCUAUUGAGCUUCUUCAUCAUUUGAUGUGAUGUCAGCUACUAAUGGAACAAUUACUUUACCACUAAGUACUCGCAUUACUCUAGCAUUUUUAAUGAGCUUACUAGCUUUUGCUAUAAUGCUAGGAAAUGCUGUGGUUAUUCUAGCUUUUGUGGUGGACAAAAAGCUUAGACAUCGAAGUAACUACUUUUUCCUUAAUUUGGCCAUUGCUGACUUCUUCGUUGGUAUGAUCUCCAUUCCUUUGUACAUCCCUCACACUCUGUUUGAUUGGGACUUUGGAAAUAAACUCUGUGCAUUUUGGCUCAUUGCCGACUAUCUUUUGUGUACAACAUCGGUGUAUAACAUUGUUCUCAUCAGCUAUGAUCGAUACCAGUCAGUCUCGAAUGCUGUUUCUUACAGAGCUCAACACACUGGGAUCUUGAAGAUUGUGUCUCUGAUGGUGGCAGUCUGGGUGCUGGCCUUCUUAGUGCAUGGGCCAAUCAUUCUAGUUUCAGAGUCUUGGAAGAAUUCCAGUUUCGGAGUCGUGGAGGAGAAGGAUUGUGAACCUGGAUUCUUUACCAGGUGGUACGUCCUUGCCAUCUCGUCAUUCUUUGAAUUCCUUGUCCCAGUCUUCUCGGUGGCCUAUUUCAACAUGUACAUAUACUGGAGCCUGUGGAAGCGUGGCAAUCUCAGUCGGUGGCAAAGCCAGCCCACACUCACUUCUGUCUCUUCCAGUAACUGUGGAUCCUUACUUAGGGGUGGACUGUUUUCAAGAACAUCUCUUUCUGAACAGAAGGAAACAGCACCAUCUGUUCCUUUGAAAAGACAUGAAAGAAAGAGCAAUCUUUUGCUUUCUUUAAGAGCCCAGAUGAAUAGCAGUAUAAUUACUUCCAAAAUGGCUUCCCUCACCCAUUCUGAUUCCCUGUGUCUUCACCAAAGGGAACAUAUUGAACUGCUUAGAGCCAGGAAAUUAGCCAAGUCACUGGCCAUUCUCCUAGGUGUUUUUGCCGUUUGCUGGGCUCCCUAUUCUUUGUUCACCAUCAUUCGCUCAAUUUACCCACUAGAACAGCGUCCUCAAAUAGUUGGGUAUGAAAUCACGUUUUGGCUUCAAUGGCUCAAUUCCUUUGUCAAUCCUUUUUUGUAUCCAUUGUGUCACAAGCAUUUCCAGAAGGCUUUCUUGAAAAUAUUUCAUAUGAAAAAGCCAUCCAUACCAUCACAGAAUCGGUCAGUGUCCUCUUAAAGAUAAUUUUAUCAUUGACAAAAAUUUUAGUCUUAAUCUCACCUACAUGAAUUUGAUCUGGCUUUCAUUUUCAUUUCUUCCCUUUCUAUGCUACCAGGAAAGUCCAUAAAAUUGUAACACUUGAAAGUUUUUUAAAAAAUUGGAGCCUGGAAGUCAAGGGAAAAUUAUUCCGGUGAAUAAUAAUAGUACAAUUAGAAAUAGAUGACAAUGUUUUUGUAAACUCCUAGCCACAAAUGCACUGUACUUUUCUGACUCAUUGCCUCUUCCUUAGCUUUAAGAUCUUUUUUUUUUAAAGAUUUUUUAUUUAUUUAUUCAUGAGACACACACACACACACACACAGAGGCAGAGACAGAGACAGAGACAGAGACAGAGACAGAG